AUGAUGAUAGCGGCAACGGCAACGGCGAUGGCAACGGCGGUUUUAAUAUAUGCGCCAUUGAAAAGGGAGGAAAUAACUCAACUCAGAGUGAAAACAGCUGCCAUUACAAAUGAGGGUGUUACCAAAAAUGGCGAUAACGUUGCUAAUGAAAAUGGUAAUGAUAAUGAUGAUGAUGGUGAGAUAUCCAUUAGUUGA